GAACUUUAGUCGCAAUCGAUUUAUACAAAAAUGAAGUGGUGUUUUCUGUUCAAUUUAUUGGUUUUAUGGUGUUAUAAUGUGGCUGGUGAGUUUGUAACCCAAGAUGAAUCAUCCGGUGUGUACACUUGGUGGCAUUCGAAUCACGAGCUAAAUACAAACACACCUGUUGCCGAUGAUGCCGUUCGACGUUCACCAUUUUAUAACGUUUCGAUGGCAACCGUCGAGAAUCCCAAUUUGAAAUUCAAUUCGUUUGUCUACAUGUCGAUACCACGUGGCGGUCGUAACAAAUGGGGCUACGACAAUUGGGAUGGCGCUGAAUUUUCUGCCGAUGAUGGUCAUUUGACUAUGAGUUGGUCAUCGUUUUUGUACGAUCGCGAUUGUUGGGUUUACAUUCAAAAAAGUAACCAAGUGGCUACGAGUGUGAAAAUUCGUCCAUCAUCGUUGAAUUUGCGCAUCGAACAGUUGGACAGUGCAACCGUUCGCAUAUUGAUUCCGCAUUCCGAAGAUGGUUUUCGAUUUUCCGUUGAAUUUGAUUCGGAAUUGUAUACGGCAUACAAUGAUUUGAGUGUCUUGUACAGCGGAAAAUUGAAUGACAAGGGUGUUGGUCGUGCAAUUCAUACUGAACCGCGUAAUGCAAUGUUGGUGUUUGCUGAAUCUUUACAAAAAAAGCAUCAAUACACGCCAAAUUCGUCAAUGGGAAGCAUUUAUUAUGCCAACCCAGGUUUAUUGAACAAUUUGGAUGAUAUCAGAGACGACAUUAUCUAUUUUCGGGCUGGAGUUUAUUAUAUGCCAUGGAACUAUCACGCCAAACUAAGUGAUAGUGUGAAAUGGAUUUACUUUGAACCCGGUUCAUUUGUCAAAGGUGCAUUUGAAUUUUGUCAUGACACACAAAAUGCGUUCAAAUUUACCGGUUACGGUGUAGUGUCCGGUGAAAAAGUAUGUAUAUGAAGUGGACACAAACAACGGAUAUCGAACCAAACAGGCAACCGAUUGUCAUGCCAGUUGUGUGAAAUUAUUGCGUUUGUCAUCGGCGUAUGGGCGACAACAGUCGUUGACAUUGAUCGGUGUUACAUUUAUGGAACCGCCAUAUCAUUCGUUUGUUGUUAACGGUGAUCCGGAUAGUUUUGAAAUGUUGGUUGAAAAUUUCAAAAUGGUUGGUGCAUGGUACUUCCAAACGGACGGUAUCGAACUGUAUACCAAUGGAAGAAUGAACAAUACUUUCAUUCAUUCCAACGAUGAUGUUUUGAAGAUCUAUCAUCCAAAUGUAACAAUUGAUAAUACGGUGAUUUGGAAAAAUGAAAACGGACCAGUUAUACAGUGGGGUUGGGCGCCGCGGAACAUAAAAAAUGUUCUUGUAAAAAAUACACAUGUCAUUCAUAACAAAAUGUAUUGGGCCGAUGUGAAAACGAAUACGUGCAUUCUGAAUUCAUCGCCAUCUUGGUCACCUAGCGACGUUAAACCCGAUCCAAAUACCAAUAUUUCGGAUUUGAAUUUUGAAAAUUUAUACGUAGAAGGCAUGACCAAUUGCGCUAUACGUUUGUACGCUUUAUCAAACAUGGAUCGAAUUAAAGUGAAAAAUUUCCAAAUUGAUGGAUGGAACGAUCUUGAUGGGCAAGAAAGUAAAUUUCAUCGUGAAUCAAAUGAAAUUUCAAUUGGUGCGAACGCAUUAACUUUUGACAACCUUCAAAUUGGAAAUCAACGCAUUUUAAAAGGUAACAUCUUUUGGAAACACCAAUCACUUGGUCGUUUAGAU